GAGCCCGGGACACCUCAGACGGACGCUGGCCUGGGAUCCGACCGCGUCCACGGCAGCAGCCAGCCCGGGUCGCGCUCAGCCCGCCAUGGCCCGGUUCUUCCGAGCCUCCUGCCUUCUCUCCCUGCUCCUGGCCGGCUUCGUCCCGCCGGGCCGGGCACAAGAGAAGUCGAAGACUGACUGCCAUAAUGGUGUGAGCGGUACCAUCUACGAAUAUGGGGCCCUCACCAUUGAUGGAGAGGAGUACAUCCCCUUUAAGCAGUACGCUGGCAAAUACGUCCUCUUUGUCAAUGUAGCCAGCUACUGAGGUUUGACAGACCAAUACAUUGAACUGAAUGCACUACAAGAAGAGCUUGCACCAUUUGGUCUGGUCAUUCUGGGCUUCCCUUGCAACCAAUUCGGAAAACAGGAGCCAGGAGAGAACUCAGAGAUCCUACCCAGCCUCAAGUAUGUCCGGCCUGGUGGGGGCUUUGUCCCUAACUUCCAACUCUUUGAGAAAGGGGACGUGAAUGGGGAGAAGGAGCAGAAGUUCUACACUUUCCUAAAGAACUCCUGCCCUCCCACGGCGGAGCUCCUGGGCUCCCCUGGCCGCCUCUUCUGGGAGCCCAUGAAGGUCCAUGACAUCCGCUGGAACUUUGAGAAGUUCCUGGUGGGGCCCAACGGCAAGCCAGUCAUGCGCUGGUACCACCGCACCACGGUCAGCAACGUCAAGAUGGACAUCCUGGCUCACAUGAGGCAGCAGGCAGCCCUGAGGGCCCAGGGGAAGUAAAGAAGCCCGCCCCAGCCCCACCCACCACGCUCUUCAGGAGGGAACCCCGUUUCCAGCCACAUCGUACCACCAUAACCGCCCCUCCUUUCCUACCCAAGGCCCCCCCCCCCACCCUGGCACAAUGUGUGCCUGCAGUCGUGUGUAUACCACUAUGCUCGGGGAGGGGGGGUCUGCACACGUGCCUCCAAUGUGUGACCAUGUGUGUAUGCACUUGUGGGGACACAGCCACACCUUAGCCUGUCCCAGUGCCCGAGCCUGCGUACCACGGAGGCACCUGUGCUGUGUGUGUGCUGAACAACAGUCCUCGCUCUCCGCUUCUCACCAGAGCCCUCCCAAAACCUAGCACUAAAUUCAACUGGACUUCAACCUUGGGGUCACUGACUCAAUGGUUCCACUAAAUCCUCCCCAACGACACUGCCCCGCCUCUCUCCUUCCUGAAGAGCCCUCCCCAAGCCUCCGUCCCUACCCCACAGUGCUCCCUGAGAUCAGCCAAGGCAGAUGUGAGAGUGAGGACCGUGUCCCCGGGGUCAGGCGUGGCAUCUCCAUGAGGGAGGGGCCCAAAGCCCUCGUGGGCGGACCUCCCCUGAGCCUGUCUGUGGGGCCAGCCCUUAGUGCAUUCAGGCUGACGCCCCUGGGCAGGGAUGCCACCCCGCACCUUCUGAGGGCAGGCCCUCUCCCCUCACCCUGUCCACUGGCACUUCUCACACCCGCCUGCCCAGUAAAGGCCUUUCUACAGCA